AUGCUCGGACGUACCGUUUUCGCCGCGACCUUCUUCGCGCUCGCUCAGUUCGCCAUGGCCAGCCCCCCUGGCUGCCUUCUUGGCGCUGUCAACCAGUACGAGGACCCGUCCGACAUCAAGGCUGUCUGCAAGUCCAAGGACCUGAGCGGAAAGGUGGCGGAGCUCUGCGGCAACGACGCCGAGGCUGCCAUGGAGGCGAUUUCGGACAUUUGCAACGACGUGGAUGUUGAUGUUUCAACUGCCAUCUCCGCCUCUGGCUCAAAGACCGCUACCGGUUCAUCCCAUAAGCCCACCGGCACCUCUGGCUCUACCCUCGUCUCUAUGUACCCUACCGGCUCGAGCGGACAAGGAAGCAGCAACGGCACUGUCCCCGCUGCCACUGGCGGACCCAAGCCCUCUGGCAGCGCGACUGGCUCUGGCGGUCUUCCCGAGGCCACCGGUGCCGCUGGCAAGGUCGAGUUCGGUCUUGCCGCUGUCGUUGCCGGUUUGAUGGUCGCUGCUUUGUAG